AUGGUGGAAUUUAUGAGUACUCAUGAUCUCCAUGAUCUUGGAUUCUCUGGACCCACUUUUACGUGGUCUAAUAACAAAAGUGGCAGUAGCAAAAUUUGGGUUAGACUUGAUCGUGUCCUGAUGAACUCUGAAGGCUUGCGGCGUGCCCCGUUGGCUAAUGUCCGACAUCUCGUCCGUAUUUCUUCGGACCACUGCCCGUUGUUGGUUACCCUGGAGUCGGCCUCUCGCUCUAAGGGAUCAAAAUGGCUGCGGUUUGAAGACAUCUGGAUGACGUAUCCAGCUACCUGGAAGCUGGUGUGGAAGAAUUGGAACAAAUUGGAUUAUGGGCAACCGGAUGCUAUUCUGAAUCGUAAAUGCUCCAGAACGCUGCGGGCUCUAUACCACUGGAGUCGGAAUCGCCUGAAGGAGCUAGGGGAGCUGAAAUCUUCGUUGGAAGCCCGCAUUGAGACGCUGCAGAUUGCAGAGGGCUCGCUGGAUGGUCUGACGACCGAACAAGAUGCUGAGCUCCGUCGUUUGGCUGGGGAGCUGAUCACCACGCUACCCCGUCUGACUACGUGGUGGAGACAGUGCGCUAAGACCAAAUGGAUUGAAGAGGGAGAUGCUAACUCCCAUUUCUUUCAUACUAACGCUUCUGCUCGUAGGCGCGGGAACACUAUUAAGGAGCUAUCUGACAGCAAUGGGGAACGGAUCCUGGAGCCGCAGCUUAUCCAUGACGAAUUCUGGAAUUUUUUUUCGCUGAAAUGGAGAGAUAGGCAGGUGAGGUUAGAAGAUUGGCCGGUUUUCAAUGAUGAAGACAGAGUUCCUGCUCAUUUUCAAACCAUGCUGGACGCGGAGGUGACGGAUCUGGAAAUUCAGCAGGCAGUUUUCAGCCUUGGUAACAACCGCUCUCCGGGCACUGACGGUAUUAAUGCUUCCUUUUUGAAAUUUUAUUGGAAAUCAUUAAGGGAGAUGUCUCUCAGGCCAUCUCCCAUUUCUUUUGUACUAAUUCUAUGUGUGAGAACUGGAAGGAAACAAUAG